AUGGUUUCUCUCGCUGCAGCUUCCUUUUCAAUCCCUGAGAUCUCGCUUACUCUAUUUUUUCACCCAGUUGUUCUCGUCAUUGUUUUCCUUCUUUUUGUUACAAUUCUUUUUAUCUUCCGGUCCCGUUGGCUCCCCAUAUUUUCCUCACUUCCUUGGUAUCGCUCUUCUGCAGCUGCAUCCCGCUCAUCUCUUAAUGAAGCAUCUUCUUUCCUUGACGAUUACCGCGCCGGAUUGUCGUCUUCCAACUUUGAUCUUUCCGCAAAUAUUGAUGGUGACGAUUCAAGACAAGGUCUAGAUACAGAGGCACGCGCAGCUAUUGUUCGUGCAAUGAAUACUGACCCUAGUCUUUCAUUUGACGAGGCUCGCAGAAAAUACUUUGUCCAAAAGUUAAAGGAAAAUAAUAUAGGUCCUGAUGGUCUUCCCAAUGACCCCAAAGCAUUAGUAUUCCAUCGCAAUUAA